AUGUCUAAAUCCGAAGUUCCUACGAACAUCACCAUUGAUGUUAAAAACAGCAAGAUGAAGAAGAUAAAGUUAUCAGAAGAUCAGGCUCCGCUGCCGGAAGCGGUUACGGCAGUGGAUGUCCUCUCGGACGAAAACUUGCUGUACGAGAUCCUGAAGCACGUCGAUGGUCGGACCUUAGGUGCGGCGGGUUGCGUGAGCAAGCAGUGGCAUCGGACUUCUCAAGAUGAGCGGUUAUGGGAGCUGAUAUGCACAAGGCAUUGGGCAAAUAUGGGCUGCGGCAACAACCAGCUCCGUUCAGUAGUCCUUGCGCUAGGUGGUUUCCGCCGUCUUCACGCUCAUUACCUAUGGCCAUUAUCCAAGCCGUCAACCUCCACGAUCACCUCAUCGUCUUCUUCCACCAUCGCCGCCGCAACCUCAUCCAGCUCUGUGUGGCCGUGUCUACCACCGCCGCGUACAAUUGGUGGUCUCUCAAAGCCUACACCCCCCAAAACUCAUUGGGGAAAAGACGAGGUUCAACUCUCGCUAUCUCUUCUCUCAAUUCGUUACUACGAGAAGAUGAAUUUCAAGAAUCGAACCAAAUGA